UUGAAGCGUCAUGUCAAUUCAAUGACAGCAAUGAUGCUGCAGCGCCUGAAAUAAUCAUUAAGACAAAUGUAAUGAUCAAUAAUGAUCAUAAAUUGAAGAUAUUCACAUGAUUUAAACAUAAUAUUUCAAGAAAAUGACAUGCUUUUUACUUCUUCGAUGUUCAAUCAUUAAAUGUGGAUCUGAAAUGUGUGUUUGCUUAUACAUUUUAAGGUAAUUGACACCGAAGCUCUGCCCAUAACAAAAGACAAUUAUCUAAAUGCGGACAUAAUUUAUACUAUCGAGUACAUGUAGUAAACGCUCUUUACAACGAAUCAUUUAAGUAAAGAGGAAGUUAUUUAGACGAGUGAUAUCUCAUAAUAAACAGUCAAUAAAAUGGCUACCGCUGACUACCAAGGUUUGGAUUUAACGGAUAAUUUUGGAUCAAAAUUCCAGGAAGACCGAAAGGACAUAAGUUCGAGACUCGGAAAGAGAACAGAAGAAGAAAUAAGAGAGGAGCAUCGGACUUUAAGGGUGUUACGCAAACUCGAGGGACAUCAAAGCCAAAUUAUCCAGGUCUUAUCUUCAAUAGAACGCGUAGUAUGCAGAACAACGUCAAAUGAGGGUCAAGAAAUUGACAAUCAUCCCCUAGACCAGAGUGAUAAAAGUGUCGACGCAAGCAGCCUUAACGUCGAAACAACACAGGAAAAGAAACAGAUAGCUGAGUUAAGCCAGCAGCUAGAUGAGACGAAAAAAACGAUCACAAAUUUUAAUAAAACGGUCGAAGAUAAUGAAAAGCAAAUAGACGUUUUGAAAGGUGAAGUCAGACAGCUCUCGGAAGAAAAGGAUCAGUUAAGUGGAGAUAGUGAGACAAACAAAGCAAGGCUAGAAGAACUUCAAAAGAAGGUUACAGACAAAAAUGAAAAGAUAAAAAAAAUCGAAGAAGAAAAGAGUACCUUAAUAAAAAGUAUUGAGGAAAAUAACGGUGCAGUAACAGCGCUUACGAUACAACUGGAAUACAAGACUAAUUUGGCACAGCUAGAAUGGCAAUUGCAUCAGAUGAGUGACACAGUUGAGCGAUACAGUGCUCUACAAGAAAGAUGUUCAUGUUUGGAAAGAGAGAUAGACACAAAAUCUGCGGAAGUAGAUUAUUUAAACAGAGAAAAGGAUGAUGUAUAUGCCGAGAUGAACGCACAAAGACAUCUUCAAGAAGAUCAUUCCGUGGAGCUAAAACAGAAAAUAGACGAAAAUGCAAUACUACGGAGGCAACUGUCGGAAAAAGAAACCAGGCUAAUUCUGCUGGUUGAGGAAAAAACUGGGGCCAAAUAUGAAAUUGAGAGACUGGAAAAAGAAAUGAAGAAGGAAAGGGAUCAAUAUGCCGAAACCCUAGAACUAGCAACAAAAGGAAAAGAAAGCUCAACCGACAUUGCGAAAAAGCAUAAAGAGUUGGAUGAUGCUAAAAGGGAAAUCGAAAAAUUCAAAAUAGAGAAAGAGGAAGAAAAAGCAAAAAAAAAAGUCGAACUUGACGAAGCAUCAUCUGAAAUGGCUUUAGUCCUAGAACAAUUGGCUACAGCAGACUCUGCAUUAUUAGAGGGAGCUGAAGCAUCCAAAAAAAAGCAAGAAGAGUUAGAUUUGGCAAAAAAAGAAAUCGAGCAACUCAGAAAGGCAGUCAAACGAGAAGAGGAUGAGAAGGAAAAAAAGACAGUCGAGCUAGACGAAGCAUCAUUUGAAAUAGCUACUCUUCAAGAUAGAUUGGCUAGAUUAGAGUAUGCAUUAUCGGCGGGAGCUCUACCACCCCAAAGAUCGUAUGACACUCCCGUCAAGAUUAACAUCAAGGCAAAAGGUGAGAGAACAUGUGAUGUGCAGGGGAUGGUGUGUACCGGACAAGGAAUCUUUGUCCUUACAGACUGGGACAAUAAAACCUUGAAGGCAGUUGACAUCAUAGGAAAGUCAGUGCUUUCUGUACUCCAACUUGAUGCUAGCCCGUUUGACAUAACUCAGCUUAAAGCCAACCUUUUAGCUGUCACCCUGCCUGAAGCAAGGCAAAUUGUUCUUGUUCAGUUGCUAUCAAAUGGAAAUUUAAAUGUGUUUGAAACAAUUUCUGUUACGGAGAAGUGCUUUGGAAUUGCAGUACUCGAUCCUGGCCAUAUUAUUGUGGUCAACUCAAACGUGGAAGUCUAUGAUCUUCAAGGAAACCGCUCUGAUAUUUUAGUUGACAUGAGGGACGAAAGUAUGAAAGACGAGUUUGAGGAGCUACAGUAUGUUGCUUUUGGUAACAAUUUGCUCUACCUCACUGACUGGGAGCAAAACUCUGUCACUUGCAUGUCUAUGGAUAAAGGAAUCAAACACCAGUUUCAGUUUACUGAAGAAAUUCUGCAUGAUCAUGGUGCACCGCUUGGUCUGGCGGUAUCCUCAACAGGAGCAGUUUUCGUAAGAUGCAGAAAAGGAGUUUAUCAACUGGACGGUGAUUUGCAAAAUGGUCGGUCUCUUGCACGUCGGCUACCCCGAGGAGUUUGCCUUGCAUACAGCGACUGGGAUCAAAAAGUCCUUGUAGCAUAUACAAAUAGCAACAUUGUUAUUGAAAUGGCAGUCAAUCACUCGUGAACCAUUUGAUUGCGAUAAAAACGUCCUUUUACAUCAGUUUCUCGUCAGAGUCUUCAACUACUUCGAGGUGGACACGGAAGCUCGAAAUUAAAAAGCGGAUAUGGUGUUGAUUUAGGAAAUGGUGCAUUCCAAUAUUGACAUAAAAAUGUUAACUUGAUGCCCCCCCCCCCCCCCCCUCCCCAGUGAAAUCCAUUGACCUAGUUAUGUGACUAAAUAUUGAUCUUGAAUAUAUACAUGAGUUAUAGACCUUUAGCUAAUGAGCAGAUCAUGUGACUUAAGACUAAUGUGCAACGAGGGAUUUAUUUAUCACUGCGUCAAUGUUAUCACAAGCAUCAAUCAACUGCAGACAUAAUUCGUAACGGUGCGUGAUAAUACGUGAUAAUACGUGAUAAUUCACUUGCUGCAAGGACCACACCGAUAACGCGAAGGGAUAUACACUGAAAUAUGUUGUAAUAUCAAUCGAAUUUGAUUUUUAUUUUCAUUUGAUGGUCGUUCGUUGUUGAUAAUAUCAUUGUAAGACCCCCUUUAUCAAAAAUAAAGUCUUGAAGAACGCCA